AUGGACGGCGAAAACAACUACGCGUCGGCACCCCUCGACGACCGCCGCAACCUCCAGGUUGACAAUGCCAUUCGUGCCAUUCGCAACAAGAAGCCGCCGCCGGAGAUCGACUUCACCAUCCACACCAUGGAGGACGGCACCCAGGUCAGCACGCUGGAGCGUGUUGUCAAAGACGUACAGGCACCGGCCAUGUACAAGCCGACCGACGAGCAGUUCUGGCAGGACCCUGAGACAAAGACGCUCCCCAACAUCCAGUUCCUCAAGCAGCACUUCUACCGCGAGGGCCGCCUGACCGAGGAGCAGGCGCUCUGGAUCAUCCGCAAGGGUACCGAACUGCUGCGCAAGGAGCCCAACCUGCUCGAGAUGGAUGCCCCCAUCACCGUGUGCGGUGACGUGCACGGCCAGUACUACGACCUGAUGAAGCUGUUCGAGGUCGGCGGCGACCCGGCCGAGACGAGGUAUCUCUUCCUGGGCGACUACGUCGACCGCGGCUACUUCAGCAUCGAGUGCGUUCUCUACCUCUGGGCGCUCAAGAUCCACUACCCCAACUCGCUGUGGCUGCUGCGCGGCAACCAUGAGUGUCGCCACUUGACCGACUACUUCACUUUCAAGCUGGAGUGCAAGCACAAGUACUCGGAGGCCGUCUACGAGGCCUGCAUGGAGUCGUUCUGUUGCCUGCCGCUGGCGGCGGUUAUGAACAAGCAGUUCCUGUGCAUCCAUGGUGGCCUCAGCCCCGAGCUGCACACUCUGGACGACCUGAGAAAUAUCGACCGCUUCCGCGAGCCCCCUACUCAGGGGCUAAUGUGCGAUAUUCUCUGGGCUGACCCCCUUGAGGACUUUGGUCAGGAAAAGACAAAUGACUAUUUCGUGCACAACCACGUCCGCGGGUGUUCCUACUUCUUCUCCUACCCUGCCGCCUGCCACUUCUUGGAGAAGAACAACCUGCUUUCCAUCAUCCGCGCGCACGAAGCCCAAGACGCCGGCUACCGCAUGUACCGCAAGACCCGCACAACCGGUUUCCCCAGUGUCAUGACGAUCUUCUCGGCCCCGAACUACCUUGAUGUAUACAACAAUAAGGCUGCGGUGCUCAAGUACGAGAACAACGUCAUGAACAUCCGCCAGUUCAAUUGCUCGCCCCACCCCUACUGGCUGCCCAACUUCAUGGACGUCUUCACCUGGUCUCUGCCCUUCGUCGGUGAGAAGAUCACCGACAUGCUCAUCGCCAUCCUGAGCACCUGUUCCGAAGAGGAGCUCCGCGAAGAUACCCAAUCACCAGGUCCCAUCUCUCCCGCCCAGCCCUCCGCCUCGAGUGUCAGCAGCCAAGCCGACCCUGAAUCUAUCGAGUUCAAGCGGCGGGCGAUUAAGAACAAGAUCCUGGCGAUCGGCCGUCUAUCGCGGGUGUUCAACGUGCUGCGCGAGGAAUCGGAGCGCGUGACGGAGCUCAAGACGGUGGCGGGCGGCCGGCUGCCUGCGGGUACCCUCAUGCUGGGAGCCGAGGGCAUCAAGAACGCCAUCAGCAGCUUCGAGGACGCCCGCAAGGUCGACCUGCAGAACGAGAGGCUCCCCCCGAGCCACGAGGAGGUGCAGAAGCAGCAUGAGGAGGAGCGAGCUCAGGCCCUUGAAAGGGCUGCGCGUGAGGCCGAGCAGGACAAGAAGCUGCAGACGUUGUCUAGGCGUCUGAGCACGUGA